AUGAAGUAUGUGUGGUUGGAUGUGGACCCUGGCCAUGAUGAUGCCACUGCGAUAAUGCUCGCGGUGAAUACUCCAACUAUUAACCUUUUGGGCGUUUCAACAACCCACGGAAAUGCGAGCAGUGAAUGGACCGCGAUAAACGCUGCCCGAUGUCUUCUUGCGUUUGGUGGAUCUCCAAAUAUUCGUGUGUUUCCAGGAUCGGAUGAGCCCCUUUUGCUUCCUGCGAAACAUGAUCCACAGAUUCACGGAGUGGAUGGUCUUGGAGGGGUAGAAGGUCUCCCCGAUAUUGAAGACCCAAAAGUUUUAUCCUUGUUUGCAACAGAUGAAGAUGGAUCUCGCAUUCGUGCGUUAGAAGGCAUGUCCAAGAUUAUCAAAGAUACGUGGAAGAAAGGUGCAGGUCACCAAGUUACAGUCAUUUCCACCGGUCCAAUGACGAACAUCGCUAACUUUGUCAGUGUAUAUCCUGACCUGCUUCCUGCCGUGGAAGAAUUCGUGUUCAUGGGCGGUGCCGUCGGUAUGGGUAAUCGCUCUGCUGUUGCAGAAUACAACAUCCUGUGUGAUCCGCACGCAGCACAAAUAGUCCUCAAUGCACCUGUAAAGAAGGUGAUGAUGCCAAUUAAUGUCACCCACACAGCAAUUGUUACCAGAGAUAUCCACCGUGAAAUUCUGGUGUCGGGUUCUUCCCACGAAUCUUCAAGGAGCACAGAACUACCAAAAGCGUCAACCAAUCUGCGCCACACUCUGUCCACAUUAAUCAGUUACUUCGCAGAGGCGUAUAAAGUAACUUUCGGAUUUAACGACGGGCCUCCUCUUCACGACGCGCUUACAAUCGCAUACGUGGCUUAUCCGGAUCUCUUUAAGACAACUCGUCAUAGAGUGGAUAUAGAGCUCACAGGAACUCAUACCAUCGGAGAAACUGUGGUUGAUAUGUGGCAUUACCGCCCUUGCGAUGAUACAUGGGGGCGAAAUGGACGGAAUUGUAUCGUGGCAGAGGCCAUGAACGUCAAGCGAUUCUUUGAUAUUUUUUUGGAAACAAUUUUGAGAUGCGAUCAAGUGUCGCCUUUGAAUAUGAAUACAGUGCCUUGA